CAAAGUAGUUUUUUCAGUUGCGUUCGUUUAAACCAAGAAAAAAAGAUGGCUUCAUUAGCACUUGCCGCCGGCCAGCCCACCGCCGUAAAGGGCCUCUCCGGCAGCUCCCUCGCCGGAACUAAACUCCAAGUCAAGCCAUCUCGCCUCACCUUCAAGCCCACAAACUACAGGAGUGGUAGUGUGGUUGCAAAAUAUGGUGACAAGAGUGUCUACUUUGAUUUGGAGGAUAUCGGCAACACCACCGGCCAAUGGGACUUGUAUGGAUCAGAUGCACCUUCACCGUACAACUCACUUCAGAGCAAGUUCUUUGAAACAUUUGCUGCCCCUUUCACCAAGAGAGGUCUGCUUCUCAAGUUCUUGAUAUUGGGAGGUGGUUCCACCCUUGCCUAUGUGAGCUCCCAAGCAACCGGAGACGUUCUUCCGAUAGUCAAGGGCCCUCAACUUCCACCUAAGCUCGGCCCGCGUGGCAAAAUCUAAUCUUGUGGUAUCUCAAAAAUUCUUGAAUAGUUUCAUGUAUGAUUUCCACAUCUUUGUAUGUUACAUCUUAAAUCUACUUGUCACAAUGUCAAUCAUCAUCUUCAUCAAAUGUUGAGUUACUAUUUUAGUAUAAA